CUGAGCCUGGCACGGCAGCAACGCCACCUGCCAGAGAUGAGGUGAGGCGACCAUCCCAUGGACUCAAUGGACUCGGAGGACUACCCGUCGCUGCAGGCGCCACUGCUGGGGAUGGCAUCGCUGCGCCUGCCCGAAUCGGAGGAGUAUCCAUUCGACAGCCGACGAGACAACAACCAGGAGUCGUCCUCACCCACGCUGCCCGAGGUGGCCAUCAGCCACAUCACCAACAGCGUGGGACGCCACCCCGUGCGCCACUCCAGCCGCCACUUCGACAACGACGCCGCCCUCACAUCGCCGGCCCGCAACAUCUUGGACUUGUUCGGCCAGGCUGUGAAGGAUGCCGUGAGCGUGGCUUCCACCAUGGCCGAGCACAACGACACCGACGCCCCGGACGGCAUGUCCGGGACCACCAAGUUCGACGAGCCGCGCUCCUCCAACCGCACAAGCUAUGAGUUGGAGUUCGGCGACGACAUGCUGUACCGCUACACCUUCACCACCUCCAUGAUCUACUGCGUCGCCUACCUCCUGGUCUUUGCCAUCGGGCUCAUGGGCAAUUGCUUUGUCAUCGCUGUUGUGUUUCGCUCGCCUCGUAUGCGCACGGUCACCAACUACUUCAUAGUGAACCUCGCAGUGGCUGACAUUCUGGUGAUCGUCUUCUGCCUGCCCGCCACCCUCAUGUCCAGCCUCUUCGUUCCCUGGGUACUGGGCUGGUGGAUGUGCAAGUGCGUGUCCUACGUGCAGGGCGUGUCCGUGGUGGCGUCCGUGUACAGCCUCAUCGCUGUCUCCCUGGACAGGUUCCUCGCCAUCUGGUACCCGCUCAAGUGCCAGAUCACCACCCGUCGGGCCAGGGGCAUGAUUGCCGUGAUCUGGGUCAUCGCUUGUGGCACCACCAUUCCGUGGGCCCUCUUCUUCGACACGGUCAUGACGCCGAUCGGAGAGCAUCAUGAGGUCGUCAUGUGCAGGGAGGUGUGGCCGGACAGCAUGAGCGGCGAGAUGUACUUCCUGAUCGCCAACUUGCUGUGCUGCUACCUGCUGCCCCUGGUGCUCAUCUCGCUGUGCUACAUCCUCAUCUGGGUCAAAGUGUGGCGCCGUACCAUCCCGUCGGACACCAAGGACGCUCAGAUGGAGCGCAUGCAGCAGAAAUCCAAAGUCAAGGUGGUGAAGAUGCUGGUCGUUGUUGUGAUCCUGUUCGUCCUCUCCUGGCUGCCGCUCUACAUCAUCUUCGCGCGCCUCAAGCUCGGCGGCGCUACCACCCCGUGGGAGGAUGAAGUGAUGGCCAUGGCCACCCCCAUCGCGCAGUGGCUGGGCGCCUCCAACUCGUGCAUCAACCCGAUCUUGUAUGCCUUCUUCAACAACAAGUACCGCCGCGGCUUCCAGGCCAUCCUGCAGUCCCGCCGCUGCUGCGGUCGCCUCCGCUACUACGAGACGGUGGCCAUCGUGGGAUCCUCCACGGCCUCGAUGCGCAAGAGCUCCUACUACGUGACCGCCUCCACCCGCCGGGUUCCUCCGCCCGUGGUGGCACCCGUGCCCGUGAGCAGCGCUCCGGGCCACGAGUCUGCAGUGUCUUACAUCUGCAACAACAGCGCUUACAUCGCCGCCUCCAACACUGGAGUUUAAAUGGCGACUUGAACGCCACUGACCCGUGGCUUUUGUUGUUAUUGUGUGCCAACCGAGGCCGUUCGGCGCACCUCCCCCAGCAGGGGGCAAGCCCGCUGAGCUUUGAUUUUUUAAGUGCUUUCGCGCACCGCUCAGCGGGGGGUGGUCGGUUAGGCCGGUCACCAACACACCGCGCACGCGGCGCACGCCUCGAGCGUGAGCACUACGCUCGUGGUCGCACCAUCACACUGCUUAUUGAACGUCGGGGACAUUGCGGAGUAGUGUGACACGUUAGAGUAGGAUGUAUUGGGUUCGGUGGAACGUGACACGCGAAACGCUUCAGUCUCUUGGCUCGGCCGCAUGUGUGUUGUUUAUUGUAUUUUGUCAUUGUUGUGAGCAUUUUCAACUUUGCGCUCCAGUUAUUUGUGUGGUUCCUUUGAAACCAGUUCACCCGUAAAUUAAUCCAUGUGUUUAGUGGAAUAUUAGAGUUUGUUGUGCCUCCUUCGAUUUGAGGACACGUAUUUUUAAUAUUGUUUUGCUUCGAUAUCUUUACCUGUUAAAAUAUAUCUCUGUUCCCCAUUCCUCUCUCUCCCUGUAUCUAUUUUACGUUUUACCAGUUGUUUGUUUACUUAAGUGCCUAAAUAAUAUCAAGUGUGUUAGAUGUGUAAGCUAUAAAGAUAUCUUUCUAUACGUUGCGUUUGAUUGAUGCUGGCAUCUUGUUGGACGCGUUGCAAUUAAGCAAAGUUUAUUUUCUGAAUGAAGGGUGUGAAGAGAGCAUGUCCCCGUAUUUGUCAAUGUUCACGUGCAUGUGUAGAUUUACACCGUGUUGCACUGUGCACUGUAUAUCAUGGACAACAAACGGAAUCUUGUGUACUAUAUUCAGUCUUUGUAAAUGUAUGGUUGAUUUAUUUCUUUACAUUGUCAGUAGAAAAGUAGACAAGGGGUUUCCAACAGUGGUAUGGUUUUCUGUAUUCUACUGUACCCAAAAUGCAACUAAAUAUCACAAGUAGUGUUCCAAGUCAGAAAGCUGCCACACCAAUGAGUUGUGAUGAGCUACACAAUAUUGAGAUAGCGUAAUCUAGGUAAUCAGUUAAGUGGUUUGAAUUUUACUGUCUAAAAUUUUUCUGUGUGUUUCAAUUUAUAUCUUAUCAAAAGAUGACCGCAACUCCCUCUUAUUAAAUUCGGAGGCCUAGCAAUUUUAAUUAGAAGCCACAUUUGGUCUAUUUUUGUUUCAUAGUUAAGGUUGUUCAUUGCAAAAAGUGUUUGUUUUUUUGUUUUUAUUUUAAAUCAGUCACAGUGCACAUAUGGACUGUAGGUCAUAGGACAUGUAGAAUGAAGAUGGUUAUUCGUUGGUUUUUUGCAAAUCUACGUUCUGUUAAUGUGUUCUCUACGUGUGUUGGGUCUCCAUAGUUUUUUUUUAAUAACUACAAUUUAUGGGUAUAAUAUGGCAUACUUAUAUGCACAAAUACAAAUAUUAAAUAUUUAACUAUACAAAUAUCUAUGUGUGUAUACUUAAAAUAUAAAUAUAUAUGUAAGGUAUAUUUUGUAAAAGUGAAAAGACAUUAACCACAUUACUUGUUAUGGUUUAAGCCCCAGGAGGUUUGCAAAACAAAGCAACCCUCACUAUUACGCUUGUGUGUGAUAUUUACUCAAGUACCAAAUGUAAAGAAAGAUUACCUAUGGAACUGGUGAAACGUUUUCUGCGAUAUAGCUACGAAUCUGUAAUGAAUUCUUGUGCUGCAAGUUAGGUCAGUUUGUAAAAAGACUAAAAUUAAACUGAUAACUGGACAGAAUAAAAUGGGUUAUCAGAGACACAUAGAUUCACAGAGAGAACGAAUUGUUACUGUUAUAUUUUGAUAUCUUGCGGAAAGCUGAUAAAUGAAACGGAUUAAAGGGAAGUCAGAGAAAAAGAUUCUUAAAGAGAACGAACGUUAUAUUUUGAUAUCUUGGGUAAGGAUUUUCUUUUCUCUCGUUUGUUUUUGAAAACAAGAUAGUUAAUUGGAAUGCAAGACUAAGUUUGGAUUUGGCCUCUCAAGGAAACGAUGUCGGCUAUCAUUUAGACUUUUAAUUUUUCGGCCAAAGCACAAUCAAAUAUUGACUCGGGUCUUCUUGAGUCGCCUGAUACCUGAGUGAUAAAACAAUAAUCAUAUUACCGUAUUCAUGAAACUAUUUAUUCGAUAUUUUUACUUGUGUUCUAUAGGGGUAUUUAAUUUUCUCCAUUAAAAGCAUAGAAUCUGUUUCAAAGAGAACCCAAAAACAGCACAAAUUCGAAUAAGUCAGCCUAGGUCUUGCGAAAACGUAACAAGAAAUUUUUAAUUUUGAUAGCGGUUGGUUUUCGGUAGUUUGGAAUAAAAUUCCAACGCAAACAAACUCUGCUGGACAAAGUUUUAGAAUGUAUAGAGUGGAAGCUUUAUUGUGACCUGUGUCGCUCGAGGGGGCUUUAAAUUUGUCACUGGCGAUUGCACUGGAGAACAAUCAAUGGCUGACAAACAAUUAGAAAAAACAUAUUGUAUGUGUGUGUAAAAUAUCAUCUAUUUUCUACUUCUAUGAAGAAAUAUCUUGAGCAGUAGCGUCCUUAAGAAGCUUAUCAGAGACCCACAACUACUACCCGGAUGUUCGUCACUGGUCCUGUUUCCCACCACUGAAGUGCGGAGGAGUAGAAAUCAUAUUUACACAGAGCACCUCUGGUAGCCUUAAGAUGCAACCGAUGGCACCACGAGGUGUUGCGCGUGACUUUGUAUUUUUGCCCCCUCCCUUUCCCCAACCCUUCUUCGGAAAAAAAUACGACUCUAAGUUCUUAAAGUAUAUAAUAAAAUCCACUCAAUUGUUCUGAAUCGUCGUCCACUGGCCCUGGUGUAUUUUGCUUCCUCAAUGACCAUUUUUCAUUAUUCUUUCUCUUUGUAGUUUUAUGUGUUCCCCAUUCAGUGUGGUGAUUGGCCAAAUGAAGCACUUUUGUCUUGAAAAGAGGGCUAGCAACGCAUGUGCUAGAAAUACUGAAACACAAAAACAAAACAAAAAAAAAACAAAAAAAAAAAACAAACAAGAAAAAACAAAGUUGUUCUACUUUUUCCUACUGAGAGGCAGGCUCCCGUUUGCGGUGAAACAACUGAGAUACGAUUUAAAGGUGACAGGGGUGUGAAAAUGAAGUGCAUUCACAUCUAUUUGUGGAAGUUACAACGGAAGUGUCUGUGGGAUGCAAACAGCCAGGCCACCCGGAAUGAAAAAGAAGUACUGCAGCUCCCUAAUUAAAGCUCAAUAAGUUUUAGUUUUUCAAAGGAGAAAAAGGACUGAGUGACGAAAUCCGUUGCAAGCAUGUUGUGAAUCACUGUUAGACUGCUUAAGUUCUCAUAAAUUAAACCUAUUGACCUGUGUGUUAUUUUUACUAGUUAAUAAAUGUAGAUUAUAAUGAUGUUUGGCUCGUGUUAAAUCAUGUUAUUGUUUUUGUACACAUGUAAAAAGCAAAGCAUUGUUAGUUUAACAUAAAUUUAUGCAUUACGUUAUUUUUUUUAUAUUUUAUUCAUGAUGCUCGGAAGUUUUCUUUUCAGUGCUAGAAGAGAUGGUCUUAGAGUGUCGAUCCUUUAGGAAACGAGUCAUUACAGUGGUUUUCCUUUCAAAUUUUCAUCACUUAUUUGUGUCGUGAUUUUGCCAAACAGAUGUCUUUCUUGUACUCUGUUUGUUGCACUCCUGGAAUUGAGUGAGAGGGCUGCGCCGCUGCGGCACAUUGCAUUUGCAGAUAACUGCUCACUGUAUGUAUGAGCCAUGUCAUAUAAAUAGGAUUGAGCACAAAUCAUAGGUUACUCUUUUACUCACUCCCGCGGUGCCAAUCAAGAGGUAAAUUGCUUGUGAGCGUCUUCUAUACGCAACAGCGUACCUGGUCCGCAUCGUGAUGAGAUUAGGCAAAUGUAGUUAUGUGUAGACAUUUUGUUCAAGGAAUUCGUGCAUAUCCACGAAACAUUCCAAGAAACUCGAAACUCGGCUGUGGCCAUCAGUAGUUAAUCAAAUUAUUCACGGAUCAUAACUGGUCGUGAAGCUAGGAUAUUUAUAGAACACUAAAUCAAUGGGUUCGUAAAAUUUAUUUUCUAUUCGUAUAGUAAAUUUCCUGGACAUAUGAACUCCCUUUCAGCCCUUUUCUUAUGUAGAAAGCUGAAAGUUCCACCAUAUCUAUGAGAGUACCUUUCCUUUAUGAUUACAAAGUCAACAGUUAUGUUACGGCAACCUUUUUUCUGCGAUCGAAAGUAUCAAUGAUACUGUGGCUUGUAGUUACUUCAUUUUAGAAAAUUCUCCGAAUUAAUGUGAAAAAUUGUAGACCAAUUAACCCAUUGAAAAGAUGGUGAAAUCACGUGAGAUAGGCCUAGAGAUUCAAGCUUUCAAUUUCACUGUGCAAUGUGAAAUUUUUUAAAGAAUAAAUGUUUUAAUUUAGAUUUGAAAUUGAUGAAUGUGAAAAAAAAACAACAACGUCGUUGGUAACGAAAAGGAACAAAAUAUCUGCUAGUUGGAAUCGAUGAGUCUGAAGAUUGGUAGGCUUGUGUUAUGGUGAUAAUUGUGAGAAAAUUCAUUCAGAGACAUUUGAAUGGAGGAAAAUAAUCACGGAGGAUGUUGAGAUUCUGUUGAGAGUGAAACGUGAUAUCAUCGAGAAAUUCUGGUUUGUGGUGUGUAAGUGUGAUUGGAAUUUGAAGUUUGUGUGUAUGUCUAUACUUAUUCAUUAUUGUCCGUGUGUUACAUCAGUAUUUGUGGAAAGAUAAAGUUUACAUUGAUUGUUUCAGCUUCAACGUCGUAGAUGGUCGUGACUAUAAUUAUGCAUAACCUUAAUUAAAUCUAUGUUGUUAAAAGUGUUCCGAAACUACAGUUAUUGCCAAUGGCUACUAAAAUAGGAUAAAAAGCAAAGAUUUUUUUCUUAACAAACUCUCCUUUGAAGAUUCGUUGUCUUGUAGUAACCUGUCGUUGACCGAAAUCGUCCCCUUCACCAGUGCGUCUACACGAGUUAUAAAUGGCGUACAUAAUCUGUAACACAAACUAUUGUAGUUUUUGAGUAAAAUAUUAUAUUUGAUGUGUGUGAUGCAGGGCAUGUCAACCUACUGUUAUUAACCCGAGGCCGGCAAAUUCAAAUCUUGAGUAUCAUUAAUGCGGAACACCUUUUGUUCAGUUGGUGCAGUUUGAUAAAGCUGAAUUAAGCCACGAGUAAAGAGUAUUGGGAGUGUUGACAAAGAAAAGUUAUUGAUGAAGUAGGAUACCAGCCGCAUUUGAGAAGAAAACGCGGUACAGCUCUGAUCGUUGCGCUUGGAAUGAAGCACAGAGAAGAAUGAAAAAUUGAGCGAAUGAGCCUGUGAAGUUUUAUUUCAACAAUGGAUUUAGUACGCUCGCAAACAGGGUGAUACUACGCUUCGGUUUUACCAUUGAGUGCUUACUUUGAUUUGUGUACUGUCACGGAUAAUAACAGUUGUACGAUGGUUGUAUCACCGUAUUGUGCCCUUUUCAGAUCUAUUACCGUCACAGAAGUAACAGUAUGGUUUCCGUGGAAAUAUUCUCAUCUUGUAUUACUGUGGAAAAGGAUGGGAGAUACAGGAGUGCAAAAACUUUGUCUACACUAAACACGAUGUACCACAAUUGUCACAAUCUGUCUCGUCAAAUGUCAAUAAAUAAAUAAAUGUGAGUGUGCUACUUUACCCGUU